CACGUACUCCCCUAUCGUCCAAACAUGGUCAUGACUUCCGCAUUUACGACAGUCUGUGAGCCGGUGUUCAUUUACGGCAGGCAGUGUAGGCACAUGUGUUUCCAGAGUCAACAGCGUGCUCAUUGAUAGUCCAACCGACCACCUUUAAAGGAUCUUCAUCAUGUCAUUCCGCGGGGGUGGUGGUCGAGGAGGGGGUCGUGGCGGUGGUUUUAACAGAGGUGGUGGAGGUCGUGGAGGAGGAUUCGGAGGUGGUCGUGGAGGAGGAUUUGGAGGGGGUCGUGGAGGUGGAUUUGGAGGGGGUCGAGGUGGCAGAGGUGGAUUUAACAGAAAUCAAGACUUUGGUCCACCAGAAUAUGUUGUUGCUGUAGGAGAGUUUAUGCACCCCUGUGAGGAUGAUAUUGUCUGUAAAUGUGUGACGGAAGAAAACAAAGUCCCCUACUUCAACGCUCCUGUAUAUCUGGAAAACAAAGAACAGAUUGGAAAAGUGGACGAGAUCUUUGGACAGCUUCGUGAUUUUUAUUUUUCAGUCAAACUUUCUGAAAAUAUGAAGGCAUCCUCCUUCAAAAAGUUACAGAAGUUCUACAUUGAUCCCAUGAAGCUGCUGCCCCUCCAGAGAUUUCUCCCCAGGCCUCCAGGUGAGAAGGGGCCGCCCCGUGGAGGUAGAGGAGGAGGAAGAGGUGGAAGAGGAGGUGGCUUCCGUGGAGGGCGUGGUGGCAAUGGUGGUGGUCGUGGAGGAGGAUUUGGUGGACGUGGCGGCGGAGGGUUCAGAGGAGGUAGAGGUGGAGGCGGUGGACGUGGAUUCAGAGGUGGAAGAUGAUGAAGGACUCACAGGAUGGGAUCUGUCCUUUUAUCUGCUGUGGAAACUUCCAGUGAGAAGCCAGAAGCAGCAUUUGGGGCCUGCCAGAAUGUUUUGACCUUUAAUUGAUGCCUCUCUUGUACAGCUGAACUUUUUACUUUGUUUUGUAUCGUAUAUGUAUUUUCUCAGCAGUGGAUUGUUUUAUUUGGUCUACUGAUAGGGCUAAUGUUUGAAGUUGCCACAUGUCUGUGUACAAGAGGACAGGAGUCUCAACAACCUUGCGCGGUUGGUUUGCAUCAACUUGCGUUUUUACAUUUGCUGGAGGUUGGUCCAGUAUUAACUUGUAACAACGUAACCUAACAGGUUAAGGUGACAAAAGGGUAAAGCCAUCUCCACAGAUAAUGAUAAUGUAAAAACUUUCAUUGUUGGAUUAUAAUGGAUGUUUACAUUUUCAGAAUUGCAACUUUUUUUUUCAGUUGAACUCCCAAUGCCACCAUGGAUUAGCAAAAUAAAAUCUAUGGAAUAUGUA